AUGGACGAGUCCUCCUUCCUGGACGGGCACUUGACGCGCCUUGCCGGCGCCCCGGGGCCGGACCUCCCGUGGAGUCGCACCUCCGAGGCGACCCUGCAGCAGAAUGACCAGUUCCUGCUUUUCGUGCAUCCGCCCUUCGAAUUGGAGCCGAAGGACAUUCGCCGGCGCCGAAGCCACACGGCGCCGGUGACGCCGGAGUCCCCGCACCUGGAUGCGGCCCUGGCCGAAUGGCAGGCAUACGUCCUCCGGCGCCUGCCGGGGUGGGUAUGGCUGCGCUCGCUGACGGCCCGGGCCAGUGCCCUGCUGGCUCACCCGUGGUCCCCGGUGCGCCGGCCGGCCCUGGCGGUUCUCCUGCCGGCGGUGACCCCCUCGCACGCCAGCGGCCCCGAUGCCCAGGCCGCCGAUCGGGCCUGGCUCCAGCAGUACCGCCUGCCUUCCUUCCACGUGGACAGCCUCUUCGCGCUGAUGGCCCUGCGUUUGGCGCGCAUCCGGGUGCCGAGCGACACGCCGGGGGCCUCGCCCUCCAGCGCCAACUUCCGGUUCAUGGUCAGCGACCGGGUGGCCCCCGAGGGGGCGCCCUCGCUCGAUGGCUUGCCCUUCUUUUCGGUGUCGCGCUCGGCUCCCACCCAGGGGGAUGAUGAGCCCAAGGUCCUGGCGGCCGAUGUGCAAACGGCCCUGGUGGACCGGAUGCGCCUGCUGCACUUCCUCCAACGUCUGGACUAUAGCGCACUUCCGUCUGGCCCGGCCCCGGCCGGGCAGCUGCUUCUCCAGGCGUCCCCGCCGCCUGUGGCGGCCCCGUUGGCGGCUCCCCCGCCGCCGGCUGGCAGCACCGCCGCCGGGGCGCCCCCGCGCCCGGGCGGUCUGGCCGAGCUGCUUGCCUCGUCGGCGACCAUCGCCCCGGACCUCCCCCGGCGGAUAUGGGCUGCGGCCCCGUCGCGCGAGGCCGUGCGCCAGUCACUGGUCGAGGCGCUGGCCCGGGCCCGGGCCGGCCUCUCGCUGGACAGCAUUCGUGCCUUCUUUGGUCGUGCUUCCGCCGCCCAGCCGACCUCGGUUCCUGGGCUGUACCAGCCCCCAGCCGAGGCCACGCCCGCCGAUGUCCCGGGGCCCCUCUUUUCGGGCGAUCCGGCGGUCGACGCGCUGCUGGUUCUCAUCCACCAGCUGAUUCGGCCGUUUGUGCUGUUCCACCUGUACUACGAUCAGCCGAAUGCCCAGCUCUUCCUGCGGUUUUGGACCAUGCAGCGUGGCCGACCCUUCGGCAAUGGGCGCACCAUGUUGGCUCGAUACAUCGCCUCGCAGCGCCUCGAACACAGCUUCAGACACGAGUCUGCCUUGCGCCAGAACACCUUCUCCCAGGAGCGCUUCUGCUCGGCUCUGCGCCAGUUGGAGACCCUCCUCCGGGGGGAUGCCGACGCCGGCAUCCCAGGGUGUAGCUUCCUGGCUGGCGAGCAACUCGGCCCGGCAGAUGUCUACCUGGCGGCACACCUCCUGCCAAUCCUCAUCCUUGGCGCGGCCCCGGCCACUGCCCACACUUUCGGGCCUCUGCUCUCCCGGCAGCUGGCCACAUACAGCCCGGCUCUGCCGAACACCUCGGUGGCCGUCCUGCUGCGGGAGGACUUCCCCUCUGUGGCGGACCUCUGUCACCGGGUUUACAGCCAAGUCUUUUCGUAA